UCUCUGGAGCUCGGCGCCACAGAGACGGCGGCAGUGGUAGCCUAGAGAGGCUGCUAGCCGACUGGAGCGGGGAUUGAGGCUUCCGCUCGACUGAGAGGCAAGAUGGCCACGGCUGGGGGCGGCUCUGAGGCUGACCCGGGAAGUCGGGGUCUUCUUCGCCUUCUGUCGUUCUUCGUUCUGCUGGCAGGUUUGUGCGAGGGAAACUCUGUGGAGAGAAAGAUCUACAUCCCUUUAAAUAAAACGGCUCCCUGUGUUCGUCUGCUCAAUGCCACCCAUCAGAUUGGCUGCCAGUCUUCAAUUAGUGGGGACACAGGGGUUAUCCAUGUAGUGGAGAAAGAAGAGGACCUGCAAUGGGUGUUGACAGACGGCCCCAACCCCCCAUACAUGGUUCUGCUGGAAGGCAAGCUGUUUACCAGGCAUAUAAUGGAGAGGCUGAAGGGGAAAAACAGUCGGAUUGCUGGUCUCGCAGUGACCUUGGCCAAGCCCAGUCCCACCCCUGGCUUCUCUCCUAGCGUGCAGUGCCCAAAUGACGGGUUUGGUGUUUACUCCAACUCCUAUGGGUCGGAGUUUGCCCACUGCAAAGAAAAGCCAUGGAAUCCUCUGGGCAGUGGCUUGGCUUAUGAAGACUUUAGUUUCCCCAUCUUUCUUCUUGAAGAUGAAAAUGAAACCAAGGUCAUUAAGCAGUGCUAUCAAGAUCACAACCUGAGUCAGAAUGGCUCGGCACCAGCCUUCCCGCUGUGUGCCAUGCAGCUCUUCUCGCACAUGCACGCCGUGAUCAGUACUGUCACCUGCAUGCGGCGCAGCUUCAUCCAGAGCACCUUCAGCAUCAACCCAGAAAUCGUUUGUGACCCCCUGUCUGACUACAAUGUAUGGAGCAUGCUGAAGCCUAUAAACACAUCUGGGACAUUGGAGCCUGCGGAUAGGGUAGUGGUUGCUGCUACCCGGCUGGACAGUCAUUCCUUCUUCUGGAAUGUGGCCCCCGGGGCUGAAAGUGCCGUUGCCUCCUUUGUCACCCAGCUGGCUGCAGCCGAAGCCUUGCAAAAGGCACCCGAUGUGACUGCCCUGCCCCGAAACGUCAUGUUUGUCUUCUUCCAAGGGGAAACCUUUGACUACAUUGGCAGCUCAAGAAUGGUCUACGAUAUGGAGAAGGGCAAGUUUCCUGUGCGGUUAGAAAACAUCGAUUCAUUUGUGGAGCUGGGACAGGUGGCCUUAAGAACAUCUCUAGAGCUCUGGAUGCACACAGAUCCCAUGUCUCAGAAAAACGAUUCUGUGCAGAACCAGGUGCAGGACCUCCUGGCCACCCUGGAGAAGAUUGGUGCUGGUGUCCCUGAUGUCAUCCUCAGAAGGAUUGAUUCGUCCCAUGCCCUCCCGCCAUCUUCUCUGCAGCGCUUUCUUCGAGCUCGAAACAUCUCUGGUGUGGUUCUGGCUGACUAUAACGAUUCCUUCCAUAACCCCUAUUACCAGAGCAUUUACGACACUGCCGAGAACAUUAAUGUGAGCUAUCCUGAGUGGCUGAGCCCUGAAGAGGACCUGAACUUUGUGACAGACACUGCCAAGGCCCUGGCGAACAUAGCCACGGUGUUGGGACGUGCACUAUACGCACUUGCAGGAGGAACCAACUUUACCAACACAGUUGAGGCCGAUCCCCAGACGGUCACCCGCCUGCUCUAUGGGUUCCUGGUUCAAGCCAACAACUCGUGGUUCCAGUCCAUCCUUAGACAGGACCUAAGGUCCUAUUUGGGAGACGGGCCUCUCCAGCAUUACAUCGCCGUCUCCAGUCCCACCAACACCACUUACAUUGUGCAGUAUGCCUUGGCAAAUUUGACUGGGAAAGUGAUCAGCCUCACUCGAGAGCAGUGCCAGGAUCCAAGUAAAGUUCCAAAUGAAAGCAAGGAUCUGUAUGAGUACUCAUGGGUUCAGGGCCCUCUGAAUUCCAACGAGACGGACCGGCUCCCCCGGUGCGUGCGUUCCACAGCACGACUGGCCAGGGCCUUGUCACCUGCCUUUGAACUGAGUCAGUGGGGCUCCACCGAGUACUCUACGUGGACUGAGAGCCGCUGGAAAGACAUCCGGGCUCGGAUAUUCCUGAUUGCCAGCAAAGAGCUUGAGCUUAUCACCCUGAUGGUGGGCUUCGGCAUCCUCGUCUUCUCUCUCGUCGUCACCUACUGCAUCAAUGCCAAAGCUGAUGUCCUUUUCAUUGCUCCCCGAGAGCCGGGAGCUGUGUCUUACUGAAGAGGACCCCAGCUUUCCCCACCAGCUCGGCACGUCACUUCCAAGAUCAUUUGUCCCACUGGGAACAAACCACUAGUUUGUCACUGGAUCAUCUCGGGCCUGUCUCAGACUGGAAUUAAUAUAAAGGAGUGGAACUACCCAGAAGAGACAGGGAGAGAUAAGCCCCUCUGCUCCCAUCAGCUCCCCUUUCUCUGUUUCCUCCUUUUUCCCAUCCCUGCAAGAUUCUGGGAUCAUAAUAGAAGCUUCCUGCUCCUGUUUUAACUCCGAGGUCCCCACUCCUACGUGUCCUUCCUCAGGUUGCCUCUUCUCUUUCCAUCCCACCCCGUGCUCCCCUCUAUGUCCCCUCUUGCCCCACCCCACCCCUGUACCCAACCACUUUACAGGCCAGGAGGAAGGAGGUGGAGGUUUGAACAUCAGGAUUCUGCCACGGUGAACCUCUGAAGCGGAGGAUGAGGUUCUCUGGGCCGAACCUGCUGUUUGCUUUCCACCGUCCAUUCUCCUGGUCCUCAGAUGGCACGUUAGGGUGGGCGCGCUGCCGGGUGGGUAUCCCACCUCCAGCCCACGGUGCCCAGGUGUACUUUUUAUUAAGCUGUAAUAUCUAUUUUUGUUGUUUUUUUUCCCCCUUUUUUGUAAAUAUAUAAAUAGCGAGUUUCAUUAAAAUAGAUUAUCCCACA